AAGUAUGAAGUAUUUUCACAAAAUAGUUCUGAAUAUUUCUCAUAAAAUCGGUGAAAAGGUGUUGCAGAUCUAUUACUUCAGCUUUAACAACAGUGGAUUCGAAAUGCCAAGUCCAGUGGGUACUUCUCAGCCCUGACUUUCCUUAAUAACUUGGUGCAUUUGACUUUGUUCUGUGACCUCCAAAAUCUUCUGCCUGGGUUCUUUUCCUAUCUGCCUUAUCAUUCCUCCUCCGUCCUCUUUGCCCGCGGCCCUUUCCUCGACAUUAUACCUAAAUGUUGGCGUCACUGAGGUCUGUCCUCAAGUCUCGUCUCUCUUCGUUUGGCAUACCUUCCAUUAGGAAAUAGAGUUGUGAUCCUAAGCUACGAAUCCCAGUCAUUUGCAACCUUUCCUCACUCACCGUUUUUCUCUCCCUUACUUCCUGUACCUAGGAAGGCAGCACGCCAGUUUAGCUGAGUGAACACUUGAGUCUGGCUAUGUACCGAGCUCUGUGUGUCAAGCCAGUCCCAGCUGAAGGAAUCAAGUCGAAUCCUUCAAAGCGGCAUAGAGACCGACUUAAUACGGAAUUGGACCGUUUGGCCAGCCUGCUGCCUUUUCCACAAGAUGUUAUUAAUAAGCUGGACAAACUUUCAGUUCUUAGGCUCAGUGUCAGUUAUCUAAGAGCCAAGAGCUUCUUUGAUGUUGCAUUACAGUCCACUCCAGCUGAGAGAAAUGGAGUCCAGGACAACUGUAGAACAAAAUGCAGAGAAGGCCUGAACUUGCAGGAAGGAGAAUUCUUACUGCAGGCACUGAAUGGCUUUGUAUUGGUUGUCACUACAGAUGCUUUGGUCUUUUAUGCUUCUUCUACUAUACAAGAUUACCUGGGGUUUCAGCAGUCUGAUGUCAUCCAUCAGAGUGUGUAUGAACUGAUCCACACUGAAGACCGAGCUGAAUUUCAGCGCCAGCUACACUGGGCAUUAAACCCUUCACAGUGUCCAGACUCUGGACAAAAAAUUGAUGAAGCUAAUGGCCUCUCACAGCCAGCAGUCUAUUAUAACCCAGACCAGGUUCCUCCAGAGAACUCUUCGUCUAUGGAAAGGUGCUUCGUUUGCCGACUAAGGUGUCUGCUGGAUAAUUCAUCUGGUUUUCUGGCAAUGAAUUUCCAAGGGAGGUUGAAGUACCUUCAUGGACAGAACAGGAAGGGGAAGGACGGAUCAAUACUUCCGCCUCAGUUGGCUUUGUUUGCAAUAGCUACUCCACUGCAGCCACCGUCCAUACUUGAAAUCCGAACCAAAAACUUCAUCUUUAGAACCAAACACAAGCUAGACUUUACACCUACCGGCUGCGAUGCCAAAGGAAGAAUUGUUUUAGGCUAUACUGAAGCAGAGCUAUGCAUGAGAGGAUCAGGAUAUCAAUUUAUUCAUGCUGCUGAUAUGCUUUAUUGCGCUGAGUACCAUAUCCGGAUGAUUAAGACUGGAGAGAGUGGCAUGAUAGUGUUCAGGCUUCUUACGAAAGACAAUCGAUGGACUUGGGUGCAGUCAAAUGCACGCUUAGUUUAUAAGAAUGGAAGACCAGAUUAUAUCAUUGCAACUCAGAGACCUCUAACAGAUGAAGAAGGAACAGAGCAUUUACGAAAACGAAAUAUGAAGUUGCCUUUUAUGUUUACCACUGGCGAAGCUGUUUUAUAUGAGGUAACCAACCCUUUUCCUCCCAUAAUGGAUCCCUUACCAAUAAGGACUAAAACUGGUGCUGGUGGAAAAGGUUCUGCUACCAAAUCAACUCUAAAUAAGGAUUCCCUCAAUCCCAGUUCCCUCCUGAAUGCCAUGAUGCAACAAGAUGAAUCUAUUUAUCUCUAUCCUGCUUCAAGUAGUACACCUUUUGAAAGAAACUUUUUCAAUGACUCUCAGAAUGAGUGCAGUAGUUGGCAAAGCAAUGUUGCACCAAUGGGAAGUGACAAUAUCCUGAAACAUGAGCAGAUUGGCCAGUCUCAGGAAAUAAUGAACCCCACAGUCUCCGGAGAUCACGCAGGGCUCUUUCCAGAUAAUAGAAAUAGUGACUUGUACAGCAUUAUGAAACACCUAGGCAUUGAUUUUGAAGAUAUCAAACACAUGCAACAGAAUGAGGAAUUUUUCAGAACUGACUUUUCUGGUGAAGAUGACUUCAGAGAUAUUGACUUAACAGAUGAAAUUCUGACUUACGUCGAAGACUCUUUAAAUAAGUCUGCCUUUGGCUGUUCAGGUUACCACCAGCAACAGUCCAUGGCUCUGAACCCCAGCUGCAUGGUACAGGAGCACCUCCAGUUAGAACAGCAAGAGCAGCUACAGCACCGUCAGCAGCACAUAGCAGCGGAGCAGCAGCAACAGCUGUGUCAGAAGAUGAAGCACAUGCAGGUUAAUGGCAUGUUUGCAAACUGGAACUCCGACCAAUCCGUGCCUUUUAACCGUCCUCAGCAAGACUUACAGCAGUACAGUGUCUUUUCAGACUUACCUGGGACCAGUCAAGAGUUUCCCUACAAAGCUGAGAUUGACACUCUGCCUUACGCACGGAACUUUAUCCCCUGUAGUCAGUCUGUGUUGCCGCCACAUUCUGAGGGUACACAGUUAGACUUUCCCAUUGGGGAUUUCGAACCAGCUCCAUACCCUACACCUUCUUCUAAUUUAGAAGAUUUUGUCACAUGUUUACAAGUUCCUCAAAACCAAAAGCACGGACUCAAUCCACAGUCAGCCCUAGUAACUCCUCAGACGUGUUAUGCGGGGGCUCUGUCGAUGUACCAGUGCCAGCCGGAAGCUCAGCACAGCCAUGUGGCUCAGAUGCAGUACAACCCCACGAUGCCAGGCCCAACGGUGCCAGGCCCGCAGGCGUUUUUAAACAAGUUUCAGAACGGAGGAGUCUUAAAUGAAACCUAUCCAGCUGAAUUAAAUAGCAUAAAUAACACUCAGCCUACCGCCCAUCUUCACCCGUCAGAAGCCAGACCUUUCCCUGACUUGACAUCCAGUGGAUUCCUGUAAUUCCAAGCCCACUUUUCAUCUUGGUUUUUUGAUUAAAUUCGUUUGUGAAACAUCAUGACGGAGUAAUAAAACUGUCAUUGUUGGAUGUUAGCAAGUUCACGUGGAGGCAUUGAUGUAUGUAGUUCUGUUAUUCCAAACCAAAUUUUAAUGUUUUUCUAAGAGGAGUUAAUUACAUAUAUUACCAUCAUUAAAAUAGAAAAAGUAUGCUGCCACAGAGGAGUGAAAUAAUCUACACUUUAUAGUAUUCUGAGAUACCACAGAAUAUACAAAACUUAUUCAGGGGGACAUUAUGACACUUUUAAAUAAGAAAAUUUUCUCUGUUGGAAUUAUUUUUGUCAGAAUAAAAUGAAAUACUUUGAGUUUUGAACUUCAGCAUUCUUAUUAGUGUACCAAAUAUGAACUAUUUCCUUUUAUUUGUAGCUUCUGCUUUUAUCUCAGAUGUUAAAACGAGUGGUUUGGUGCUUUUAUAAAAAGAUUAUCUCAGUGCUCUCCUCCUUCCUUGGUAAUGUAAGUGCCUCACUAUUUUUUCUACCUAUAACACUGUAGGAGUAUGUUUUAUAUAAAAUAUACUUUCUCUUUUUAAAAUUAAUAACAUUCUGCACACAAAUAUUAUCGGUGUUUCUUAAAUUCAGUCAUUUUUAUUAAUCCAGGCAUGUUUUAACUGCACUACUCACCCACUUUCUUCAGGUAAAGGGCAAAAAAUGGUUGAAAAGAUAAUUAAUUAUUUAAUCUAGUUGUUUCUAGACUUUAAUGUUGCCGUGUGCCUUAUGUUGAAAAAUUUUGAAAGUGAAGAUGUCUUUCCAAAUUAUUUUUUAAUUAUCAUAUAAAUAAGACAGCAGCACUAAAAUUUCAAGUUUUCAGAAGUAAGAGAUAUACCACCAUUUAGCUUUACUAAAAUCUCCACCUUAAUAGUUGAAUGUUGCAGUGUAAAGAAUCUGCUGUUAAAUGCAACAGCAUUUAACUUAACAUGUAUAUUAACUUAAAAAGAAGAGAAGCAGCUUUAUUUUUAGCUCUUUAAUAAGUAAAGCACCCAUUUCAAUAUGUAUAAUUUCUUUAAAAACUGUUUUAGAUCUAUGAUCCUUUAAGAUGUUGGAAUAUGUUGACUUUAUAAAUUUCACUUCUUAGUACAGUGGAAACUGUUUUUCUCAUAUUUGAGGAGUGUUAAGAUUGAAUAUAGCAAUGUUUGUGCAAAGUGUUGGUAUGAGUGAAAAUAAUGGUGCGUUGUGUAGUUUAUAAUGAACAAAAUUAUUUGUAAAAUAUUUUCAGUCUUUCAUUUAAAGAUAGUGCACACCUUAUAUAUGCACGUAAAUAAUUUGUUUGGGUCUUCACAUAUUUUAUCAGUGUGUGUUUUUAAGAUAGCAAAUAAUGAAUCCAACUUCUUUCAAAAUUUGGUAUUAAGAAAAAGACAAUCAUGCAGUUCUCUUAACUUCAAAUAUUAGGUUGUUUCUAUGAUAUAAUGACCUCUAUUAUCAAUAAGGCAAAUUAAUCAGGCUACUAAUUUAACCAUCCUCAGGUGACUUAAAAGUGCCACCAUCUGCCUUUCUUUUAUUUAACUAUACAUCUGAAAGGCAUAGACAUAUUUUGCAUGUAUUAUAUAAAAACAUGAUGGAAUCCCACACUGAAAUGUAGUAUUAAAGUACAUUUUUUAUUUUUAUUUUUUUAGUAAAUUAAUGUAUAUAAAAGUGACUUCAGACAAAAUAUCUUCUACAUCAGUUUUAUGCAUUUUCAGACAAAAGUUUGAACCUGUAGAAUCAAUUUAAGUGUUGAAAAUAAUAAAUUUGUCUAAAACAUUUCAUAAUUUGUUUCUGGCAUGAGGUAUCACUAAAGAUUUAGACCAGUGAUCCAGAUUAAUAUUCCAUUUUCACAUUUAAACCUUUCAUUAGAAGUCUUCAUAUAAACCAUUUUUGUUAGUCUCUUCCACGUUACUGAAUGGUUUAGUGUAGUGGGGGAAAAAAAUAGGCUUUUUAAAUUGUGAAUAUGAUGACAAUCUAGUAUACACUUAUAAAAUUUAAGAAACUUAAAGCAAUAUUGUAUAUUUUUAUCUAUAAAAGUAACUAAAAUUUAUCUAAGAAUAAUAAAAUCACAUUAAACCAAAUACACCUUUGUCUGUACUGCUAAGUGCCAAACAAAGGAAGAAUGGUUUGUGUACUGCUGUAUUGAGGGAUUUAUUUUUAGAUGAUGUGCACUUCUGAGGAUGUGGAUAUGCCUCAUUUGAUCUUUUUCCUAUGCCAGGUUGUUCUUACUGUACCUGAAGAUUUACCAGUGUUCCAAUGUAUUAUAUAGCUUUCAAUCAUUGCUAUGCACAAACUAGUGUUUUUCAGUAUUACUAAAUUUGAGGUAAAUGUUAUCAUGGGUAUUCUCUCCUUCAAGAUGUUAAUGCUUACAUAUGCCGUGAAUACAUUUUUGUUUAAAAUAUGAUUUAUAAUAAAUAUCCUUCCUUAUUAUCAAAAAAUUGUACACAAUAAUAUAUAUGGUAAUAAAAUAAUCACCAAGUAUGAAUAAUAUGUUUUAAUGCAGAUUCUUCUUUCUGGUCCAUAUAAAGGAAGUGAGUAUUUAUAGUACAGUGUUUUAUAUUAGAUGAAAGCAGUCUUCAAUAUUUAAGGAUAGGUUAAGUCAAUAAUUCAUAAACUUCUUAUAAAGUUCUGCCCCUGGAUAUUUUGGCCUUGACAGGAAUUUAAAAAUACACACUUCAAGUAACUUCAUAGGUUAAAAUGCUUCUGAAAUGCAUGUUCUUUUAAACCUUGUCUUAUCAGUGUUAUAGUCUGAUGGUGCUUUUUAGUAUCUCAGAUUAAAAUCCAACAUUCCAUUUUAAUAGACAAUAUUUUAAGAAUAUUUAUGACAAAAAUGUAAACAACCCAUGUUCUAUUUUAUGCUUAGAUUAGAAAAGUUAUUGCCCAAACUUACACCUCUAACAAAUAUAAAUGGCAUGCUAAGCCUUUGGUGUUAAAUUCAUCACUAUUAAACACUCACCAAGAAUUCUGCAGUUAGAAUUGAAGAAAAAUUCCUGGGAAAAAGUUUUCAUUCUAGUAACAAUUUUUAACAUUAAUUUUACCUUUAUUCUUAAUCAUUAGGUAUUUUUCUCAACUUGUCGAUAAAAACAUAGCAAAUUAGCAUCAUACUUAAUUCUGAAUAUUUGCGAAAGACUAACUUUUGCCUACGUGCAUAAUAUAUUCAGUUUUAACUGUUGGAUCUGAAAGAAUCAAGAAAAAUCCAGAUAAUAUUUCUGAUCCCUACUUUCAGUCAAAUGACUUCAUCAGCAUGAAUGACUUCAACUUGCCCCCUUGUCACCAAGCCUGUCAGACACUGACCAGGGAUGUUAGCUACUCACUCACAAGACUAGGGAAUAUCUCUCAAGUUCCUUCCCAGUGUCCGCAGAGGACCAUGCUUCCAGUUCCACUAAUACGACUGAAACCAUCAAAACCCCACAGGACAUCCGAAGUGUGUCUGUACUUUUACCUCAACAAUACCACCGUCCUCUGCUCUUAGGCCAACCUCCAACAUGGGAGGAGGAAAAGCUCCCCGGCCUCCAAGAUGGACACUCUUCCCUAACCACAACCUGCCCCUCCAUCCCUCCCCCAGCCCCUCCCCCUGGGCAACCACAAGUCUGUUCUCUACAUCCAGAGGUUGGGGGUAGCAGAUGUAAGCUAAUGUAUUUGGAAUGGAUAAACAACAAGGCCCUACUAUACAGCACAGAGAACUGUAUUCAGUAGCCUAUGAUAAAGCAUAAUGAAUAAGAAUGU